GAUGUUGAUUGAUUUUCAUUAACGGGUAGUCGGCCACUGAACUGAAACUCAGUUUUGACAGUUCAACUGACUUGAAGCUCUUUUUCACCGAAACACAUCUCGGAAGAGACACGUUGGGAAAGAACUGAUCCAAGAUGCAGAUCUUCGUCAAGACCCUUACGGGCAAGACCAUCACCCUUGAGGUCGAGCCAUCGGACACCAUCGAAAAUGUGAAGGCCAAGAUCCAGGACAAGGAGGGAAUCCCCCCAGAUCAGCAGCGUCUUAUCUUCGCCGGAAAGCAGCUGGAGGAUGGACGCACCCUGUCCGACUACAACAUCCAGAAGGAGUCCACUCUCCAUCUGGUGCUGCGUCUCCGCGGUGGUAUCAUUGAACCAUCUCUGCGUAUCUUGGCCCAGAAGUACAACUGCGACAAAAUGAUCUGCCGCAAGUGCUACGCCCGUCUGCACCCGAGGGCCACCAACUGCCGCAAGAAGAAGUGUGGCCACACCAACAACCUGCGCCCCAAGAAGAAGCUGAAGUAAGCUAUUCGCGGGUUUGGUUCGGUUUGCAGGAGGUGUCGCGCUUCAGUUUGCCAGUUCAAAGACCUGGAAUUCCGUGUUUUUAAAAUGUAAGGUAGAACUGUGAACAAGUGAAUUGAAGUUGUCACAAAGGAUUACUAUAAAAUAAAACAAAAAAAUGUUAAAAGCUCGGA